AUCAUCUUGUUUAAUGUAUUCUGCUAUACCAUCAAUCCAAGUUGCAGAAUACACUUUUGCAAAUCCGCCUUCACCUAUUUGUUUCAUAUCUUCAAAUCUAUCAAAUGGAACCCAUUCAAGAAAUGAUGGGCCAUAUUUACCAUCACCAAUAUAUUUCAAAUGUGCAUUAUAAAUCGAACUCUUAAUAAAAUUAUCAAUAUCAUCAUUUCCACUGGUCCAUCCUUCAAUUAUGCAACGAGGAACACAUCCUUUACACCAAAAUUUUUUAUUAACUAGGUCAUAACAAUUUUCAUGAUUAAUUUUU